UGUGACUGACAAAAAGAAAGUGCCAAUGCACAAGCAGUAGAUGUUGUUUCAGAGAGACGAGGAGAGACAAGUAGAGGAAGAUCUGGAACCAACAGAUUACAAAUCAGUAUCCCACGUUCUCCUCCACCAUGGCAGACACCAAGGCCUACACAUCUGAUCUGUUCUCUGUAUCCGUUUUGUGGCAAAAUCAAAGCAUUGGGUUCAACAUGACGGCUGCUAACACCAGCUCUGUUUUAACGGGCCUUGUGUCGCCGGUGAUGGAGAAAAUCAUCAAUGUACUUAUGGUAGUCCUCCUAUUCAUCACCAUGGUUUCACUAGGAUGCACCAUGGAGGUGUCCAAGAUCAAGGCUCACAUUGUGAAACCUAAGGGGGUGGCGAUAGCAGCGCUGGCCCAGUAUGGUGUCAUGCCUCUUACAGCCUUUUGCCUAGCUAAGGCGUUCCAGCUGACUGAAAUGAUGGCUGUGGUGGUUCUGAUCUGUGGCUGCUGUCCUGGGGGGGCCCUCUCCAACAUCUUGGCCCUGGCUCUGCAGGGAGACAUGAACCUCAGCAUGGUGAUGACGUCCUGCUCCACGGUUCUGGCUCUGGGCAUGAUGCCUCUGCUGUUUUACCUCUACUGUCAGGGCUUGGACCUGCAGAACUCCGUGCCCUACGUUGAAAUCCUCGUAUCGCUGGUCAUGAUCCUCAUACCCUGCAGCGUGGGCAUCCUCAUCAACUACUACAAGCCGCAGUACGCCAAGACUAUCACAAAGGUAGGCAUCACUUUCAUGACAGUUGGCUUUGUGGGAAUCACCAUCGCUGUCUGCCUUGAUAUGGAAGACUCCAUCCUCACAGUGCUGUCUCCACCCCUCAUGGCCAUCGGUGCUCUCAUGCCCGUCAUAGGCUACUCCUUCGGAUACAUCAUCUCCUGGCUCUUCAGACUCAACCAAUCGGAGCGGAGGACCGUUGCUAUGGAAACAGGCUGUCAGAACAUCCAGCUGUGCUCCACCCUUCUGAAACUGGCCUUUCCCCCGGCGCUGAUCGGCCCUCUGUUCAUGUUCCCCAUGGUCUACGUGUUCUUCCAGCUGACGGAGGCGGGGCUGCUCAUCGUGCUGUUCAGGUGUCACCAAAGGUUCACACUCAGGAAGAAAGAUACAUACCAGCCAGCAAUCACUGAAGACAAGUCGAGAGAGGCCUGUGAGGGGACCGUUUGAUUUUAUCUCUAACUGCAGGACAGGUUUACUUUUAAUGUAGCGAGUAUUGUGUAGUCUGAAUUGACACCACUGUACAGGUUUCCUAAUGAAGCACAGACAAACAAGAGAUGAAUGAUUUAGUUAAAAUUGUUUUUAUUGUUUAAGUCAUCUUCCUAAACAAUACAAACAUCCAUAUUUUUCACUGAAAAUAAAAUCCAUACGUACAAAAAUGUUUUUCCUUCAAACUCUUGCCUACACGUUCAAUUAAACCACAGUAACAGUCACAGUACCAACAAGCAUUCUUGGAAUUACAUUAUACACUGUAAAACAAAAGUCUGCAAUGCUGUACACAAAACCCAAAAAUAAAAAUAAGAACUUUAAUUACAAUGCUAGAACAAUCGGCACUCUUUAAAGCAAUGCCAUUUUAAAGUGUUGACCUUACCCUCAAAAGGAAAAUAACAUCUCCCAACAAAAUAAGUUUGACAGUCAACUACCAGAAAAUGUAAGAUCCAUGACCAAGUUUUUUUUUUGUUCUUGAUACUGCCAGUGCCAGUUAUGGUGGGUGAUUGUAUUUGAGUUUUAAGCACAAAACAUUUUCAACAAUGAGAAGAUUCUAAAUUUUGAUCAAACAAAUCGCACGUGCAAGAAUCCUCAGGUAUAGAUAUUACACACACCAGCUGUGGUAGGUACAGUAGGUCAGAAAAUACAG